ACGUGGCCCUCUGUGCUAGUCGGAAGCGAGAGGACUGGCAACCUGCGACAGCAUCACACAUCAGAAAGGCAACGAACUAAAUUACACAUCAGCAAAAAAUAACAAUGGUGACUGACGUGCAGCUAGCCAUCUUCGCCAACAUGUUGGGUGUGUCUCUGUUCCUGCUGGUGGUUCUAUAUCACUACGUAGCCGUCAACAACCCCAAGAAACUGGAGUAGAACUGCCCUGGAGAGCAGGUGGCGGCUGAAGGAGACCAGAGAGGGCAGCAGUGAGUCAUCCUCCCUCUUCUUCUCUCCCUCCCAGAGAGGGCAGCAGUGAGUCAUCCUCCCUCUUCUUCUCUCCCUCCCAGAGAAGGCAGCAGUGAGACGCCUGUGAGGAGAGGCCAUGAGUCAUCCUCCCUCUUCUUCUCUCCCUCCCAGAGAGAGCAGCAGUGAGACGCCUGUGAGGAGAGGCCAUGAGUCAUCCUCCCUCUUCUUCUCUCCCUCCCAGAGAGCAGCUGUAGACCUGUCUGUCUCUCUAAGCCUGUACAGGAGUGUUUUCUAAUAAACUGUCAACAAAUGCC